GGUCGUGUCAGUCGAGCAGCGAACGUGAAGCGCAACUGACAAACGCACAAAACUAAACUAAAGUAAAAAUAAAUAAAAUAAAAUAAAAUCAAAUCAAAUAAAAUAGACGCAAGCGGCGCAUUGAACUCGAGUUAAUCGAAAUCAUUUGUGAAAUUAUCAGCAAACGGAGAAGUAUGACAAAGUGUUGGCUCUAUCUGUGUCUGUUGUGGAUCACAACUGUCGGUGCCACGGCGCCCGUUAUCAGCCACAUUAGUCAGGAUGUGGUGGCCAGCGUGGGAGACAGCGUUGAGUUCAACUGCACAGUGGAGCACGUGGGUCAAAUGACCGUUAGCUGGGCCAAAACCGAUCCCAGCUCGGCUGUGGUGCUCAGCAUGCGGAACAUGCUCAGUCUGCCCGAUCAGCGGUACAACAUCAGUGUGCUGAAGAAUCCCAGCAAGGAUAGUGCCAUCUAUAGCUUUCGCAUACGUCAGAUCGAGGUCAACGAUAUGGGUCCCUACGAGUGUCAGGUGAUUGUGUCUUCCUCCGGCAAGGUAACCAAAAAACUCAAUCUACAGAUCAAGACGCCCCCCGUGAUCCUGGAGUCAACGCCAAGGAGCAAGCUGGUCACCGAGGGACAGAACCUGGAGGUCAGCUGCCAUGCCAGUGGCUUUCCCGCACCCACAAUAUCCUGGGCACGUGUCGGACACGCCAUAAUGCCCGCCGGAGGACAGCUACUGAACGAGCCGACGCUGCGCAUCAAGACGGUGCAUCGCCUGGAUCGCGGAGGUUAUUACUGCAUUGCCCAGAACGGCGAGGGUCUGCCGGACAAGCGUCUGGUGCAUGUGGAGGUCGAGUUCCGGCCUGAGAUUUCCGUCAGCCGACCCAAGGUGGCCCAGAUGUUGUCGCAUACGGCGGAACUCGAGUGCAGCGUACAGGGUUAUCCGGCGCCCACUGUGGUCUGGUUCAGGAACGGGGAGCAGUUGCAGUCACGUCGCCGGCACGAGAUCUCCAACACGGCGUCCUCCUCGGAGACGACCACAUCGGUAUUGCGCAUCGACAGCGUGUCGGAGGAGAACUAUGGAGACUACUAUUGCAAUGCCACCAACAAGUUGGGUCAGGCCGACGCACGGCUGCAUCUCUUCCAGGUCUUCAUACCGGUGCCCUCCUCGUCGUAGUCAAUUUUCGGGCUUCUGUUUCUGUUUCCCACACACUAAAAAAAGACUUGAAUACCUACUUUAAAUUUUUGGGCAAUUGACUGGACGCAGUGUCCACUCGGAUGCUGUCUGUAGAACUUAUUAUUAAUGAUUCAUUCAAUUAACUCUGAUUCCGAUUCACUUGAUGCAUGUGUAUGUACGUGUAUAUCCAUCCCAAUCUUUGUGCCUUAAGAACUCGCUAUCCAACUGCCUUGCAUGUAUGGCUCUCGUGUUUCUCAUAUAUAAAUAAACAUAUUAUAUAAACAAGUCUUA